AUGUUCUGGUGGGGCAUGCAAGUCGUAGAGAGGCAGUGGGAGAACAUGGGCUGGAAGCGGGAUGCUCUGGCAGGACAGAUCAGGUCGGGAGUGGCAGGGGUCCUGGCGCAGGAGCAGGAGUCCUGGCUCGUAGUCGGUAGUCCUGCGGCGUGUGGUAGUCGGUCCUGCAUAGAUAGAGCCGUAGCCUCCCGCUAUCGAGGUCUGGCCUUGGUUCCAUUUGCAGUCCUUCCCGUUACAGCAUGGCAUUGCCCUGUGUUGGGAAAGAGGACGAAUAUGUAUGAGCCUUGGCGUGCGAUGGAGUCGGAGCGCGAGGUUAGGACAAGAUGGAGUAUAACCAGUAAUAUAGCGAGCGUGCAGGCAAUACAAACCAUGAAUGAGGUGGAAGGGGAGUCACCAGCAAGCACUGGCGUGAAAGUUGUGAAGAGACAUGCACGAUGUCAAGUAUGGCAAGUUAUAUGUUGUGCUGGCGAGCUUGUUGAGUACAGAGCACCAGGCACCCGCCACGCGUAUGGAUGCGUUGGCAGAGAGUCGAAGGCUAAGACGAUGGUCCACCUGUGCAAUUCUAUAAGUAACUUGAACGCCAGAUUUUCAGACUAUCCACGAGUUGAUGGCAUCAUCCAUGCGCCGUGGCUCAAUAGGGGAGUGCCCUUUGGAGAUUUGCAGAGACAUAUACUCCCUCUUGGACAGGAGGACCCAAAGUGCUAUGCGGAGAACUACUUCCUGGUUUUGUUCUGGUCUCCCACGCUUAACAUGGAGCACUUAGAAGAAUUGUGCCGUGAUGGUGAGAGCUUUUGGAAUGGGAAGCGAAAGCUAGGCUAUCAGGGAUAUGCUGGAAUUGUUGCAACACAGCUAGAUGAGGACUACAUGGCGGAGGAGAUUGACUGGGCUUGGGGUGUUAAGAUUAAAACAUGGGGUGUGCCGUUAGAUUUGGGAAAACAUGGUGAUGACCCUCUGGGAACAUUACCGUACGCCUUGUUUCCUGAGUGGCAUCGUGGCAUGGAGCGAUGCGUGCUAUUGCACCACCUAUCGAUUGACUACGGGGGCCAGCUCCUCAUGCCCUCCCAAGACUAUACCAUCCGCACAGCUGAGAGAAAUUGGAUAGAUACCUUCGCACCCCAAAACUUACGCACAAUCUUUCUGAACCAUGUUUACGAUGAGGAGAAGCUAGGUGACAAUCCGGCAGAGGGCGCCAUUUUGGACAGGCGCAACUGCCUAUUGGGGAAGAAUUGCUGGCAGAUGGGCGCCAGGAUAGGAUGGAAGAUGUAUUUUAUGUCGGAGAUGAGUCGCUGUAAGAGUGUCACAGAGCUGCCCCGUCGGCUAUGCAAACCGCAUGGCCUCAGCGUUGUCAGAGCACCUAUGAGCUUUGGCAGAACGUGA